CCUAAAUAACUAGUAAAUAUACGAGCAUAUGACUAAGUGUUUUAGUUGGAAGUACUGUUAGAAUAUACCAUUCUUCUACAGCACAGAAUUGCCCUCCAUUCUUUAUACCCGCUAUUACUCCAUACCCAUCGACAGCACUUCCACGAGCACUUUAUGUCCACACUAAAAACCAAAAAGAAGAAUUCUCCCUACUUAACCAACAGACCAGUGAACAGCUAUGUCUGAAGAAACCACUUACGACCUACACACAUACUUCCGCUCCUCCUGCUCCGCCCGGCUCCGCAUCGCCUUAAACCUCAAGUCCAUACCAUACAACUCCAUUCCCGUGAACCUGCUCAAAGGCCAACAAUCCUCUGAAUCCCACCGGGCCCUGAACCCACUUGGUCUCGUUCCCGUCCUAGUCGUUCAUAAGGACAAGACAUCUUCCUUCGCCAUUCCCCAGUCCAUCUCCGCACUAGAAUACCUCGAAGAGACGCACCCGACGCCCUCUCUCCUCCCUCCAGCUUCAGAUCCGCAGGCGCGAGCUACAGUUCGCACUCUCGUGAACAUCAUCGCAUGCGACGUGCAACCCGUGACGAACUUACGUAUCCAGCAACGCGUUCGAGCGCUUGGUGGCGACGGAGCUGUGUGGUCAAAGGAGCUGGUCGAGGCAGGAUUCAGCGCUUAUGAAGCCAUUGCGGCCAAGAGCGCAGGAAAGUUCAGUGUAGGUGACCGGAUCACUAUGGCGGAUGUAUGUCUCGUCCCUGCGUGCUGGGCUGCGGAGAGGGUGAAUGUGGAUGUUGCGAGUUAUGCGACGAUUAAGAGGGUGUUGGAUGCAAUGGAGAAAGAGGAGGCGGUGCAGAAGGCACAUUGGAGAAAGCAGGGAGAUACGCCGGAGGAGUUUAGGGUGUAGGAGGUAUAUGAUGCGAUACUGAUUCUGAGGCUUUUAUUAGUUGUAUCUUGUCGAAUCCUUUAGCACAGAAGCAGAAUCUGAAUUGCUUGCUUGAAUCUAGAUCUAGGGGGAAUUUGAUCCCAUGUUUAUCUCUAGCAGACAAAGAAUCUAGAUCCUAGUAACCUAGUAAUCUAGUAGUAAUCCAGUAUAAUCAGGAUUCAAAGAAUCUGUCGCAAACGGAGGAUUGACAGAUCACCUGGCGUUCGCUUUAUAUGCCGACAUAUCUUGAACGUGGUCUAAAUUAUAUCGAGGAAUCUGUUUCAUCUUUACUGGCAACUGAUAAAACUAUAUGUAGG